UCAUGUGUGUGUGUGUGUGUGUGUUUCAGCUGCUGGAUGGCGUGGGAGCCCAGUCUGGGAGCGUUCUACGGCCCGGUCUCCUUCAUCCUGCUGGUGACCUGCGUCUACUUCCUGUGCGCCUUCAUGCAGCUGCGCAAGCACCCCGAGCGCAGGUACGAGCUGCAGAGUCUGCGCGAGGAGACGCAGCGGCUGGCGGACACACACACGCACCCGGCGGAAACAGCGGCGGACAGCGGGCAGUGCCACGGCGGGUGCCCGGGACUCAUCAACCCGUCCACGCUGGCGAACGAGCACUCCUUCAAAGCCCAGCUGCGCACGGCGGCGUUCACACUCUUCCUCUUCAUCUCCACCUGGACGUUCGGCGCCCUCGCUGUCUCCCAAGCGCACUUCCUAGACAUGAUCUUCAGCUGUUUGUACGGAGCCUUCUCGGUCACGCUGGGAUUAUUCGUGCUCAUUCAUCACUGCGCCAAGAGAGACGACGUGUGGCACUGCUGGUGCGCCUGCUGCCCGGGGCGGCGCGCUAAACCACAGCACGCACGGAUUAAAAAGAUCAAUGCAAACGGAGACACGCACAUGCGCGCGGACGCUCCCAAAUCCAUCCUCAGCCACUCGCACUGUGCAUGCAGAUGCGCACAGACGCCGGUGUCUCCGUGCUGCGGCGCACUACACACGCAGCAGAUCCUGGAGGACGACGAAGCGCCGCAUGUGCUGCUGCAUGCAGAUCCGCAGGGCUACCGGAUGCACCGCUGCAUUAAACCACCAAUCAGGACUAAGACUCGCCGGCGAGAGCGGGAACUUUCAUUUCACAUUCCCGAGAGCGUGCACGGCAGCCCGCACACACACAUCUGCCACCACGUCUGCCAUCACGAGGCCCUGGCGCUCUGCCAUCACCACGUGUGCUGCGCCGACGAGGAUCUGUCGUGCGCGCCGGACGCCAGCGAGGUGUGCGUGUGUGUGUGUGGGAAGCCGGUGCAGGAGGAUCUGCAUCAUGUGGAGCUGCAGGCGCGCAGACAGUCGGUGCCCAGUCAGAACGGCAUCCUGAAAGCCAGCGCGCUCUACCCGUCCGACAGCAUUGGGAAUAUACGCACCGGGCCCUGGAGGAACGAAACUACCGUGUAGUUUGUGGGCUCGAGCGGACAUUAGGAUUUAAAGAACUUUUUCUGUGUGUGUGUGCGUGUGUGUGUGUGUGUGUGUGUGUGCGUGUGUGUGUGUGUGUGUGCAUCAUUGGUCAUCAUAAAGGAGGAUUUAAGGGGGUAGUUCACUCAGAAAUUUUACUUCUGCAUUAUUUACUCUCUUCUUGUUUUGAAAUGGUUCUUCAUAAUAUCUUCUUUUGUGAGGGCGGCAUGGUGGCUCAGUGGUUCUCACUGUGGCCUCACAGUAAGAAG